GGAGUCUGUCGCUAGGGCCCUUUCAGAGUGCGACUUCCGGAGGACUGACCGGCACUUCCGUUUUCUUGAAAGACUGCCGACCCAUAGAGUUCAACUUCCGGAGGACUGACGGGCCCAUGACGCUCUCGGGGGAGGGAAGAGAGACGUGGCAGUGACGUCAGCGCGGCCGGUGGAUCCCGGCAGCGGCGCCCGGCCCGACCCGAAUCCCGCGGCAGGUGAUGAGCCCCGAUGAACGCGCGGCGCCGGCACGGCUCUAGGCAGCGGGAACCGGGCGUUUACCUGGGGCCCCCCCAGACACAAACCGUGCUCCCCCCACCGGCUCCCCCACCACCGCCCCCCCCGGACGCCAUGUCGUGCCGUGACCGGACCCAGGAGUUUCUCUCCGCCUGCAAAUCCCUGCAGGGCCGGCAGGACGGGGUGCAGCCCGGCAGAGCGGCUCCGGGCGUCGGGCGGCAGCGCAGCGAGUUCAGCCUCAUGGCCAAGCGCAUCGGGAAGGAUCUGAGCAAUACCUUUGCCAAGCUGGAGAAGCUGACGAUCCUGGCCAAGCGGAAGUCCCUCUUCGAUGACAAAGCGGUGGAGAUCGAGGAGCUGACCUACAUCAUCAAGCAGGAUAUCAACAGCCUGAACAAGCAGAUCGCGCAGCUGCAGGAGGUGGUGCGGGCCAGGGGGGGCCAGAGUGGGCGGCACGUCCAGACCCACUCCAACACCGUCGUGGUGUCGCUGCAGUCCAAACUGGCCUCCAUGUCCAACGACUUCAAGUCGGUGCUGGAGGUGCGGACAGAGAACCUGAAGCAGCAGCGGAGCCGCCGCGAGCAUUUCUCCCGCGCCCCCGUCUCUGCUUUACCCCUCGCUGCCAGCAACCUAGGCAGCUCCGCGGUGCUGCAGGACGACCCGCAGCGCGCCGGCGCAGUGGCCAUCGAGAUGGACGCACGGACGAGCCAACAGCUACAGCUGAUCGACGAGCAGGAUUCCUAUAUCCAGAGCCGGGCAGACACGAUGCAGAACAUUGAAUCCACCAUCGUGGAGCUGGGCUCCAUCUUCCAGCAGCUGGCGCACAUGGUGAAGGAGCAGGAGGAGACGAUCCAGAGGAUCGACGCCAGCGUGGAGGACGCGCAGUUGAACGUGGAAGCGGCCCACGGGGAGAUCCUCAAGUAUUUCCAGUCGGUCACCUCCAACCGUUGGCUGAUGGUCAAGAUCUUCCUCAUCCUCAUCGUCUUCUUCAUCGUCUUCGUUGUUUUCCUGGCCUGAGCCAGGCCUGACCCCCUCCCUGUCCCACCGGCCGGGACAGACGGACUCAGUCUGUGCUCUGCGGGGCUCGGAGACGGACAUCUGCGUGGGGACGGGGCAGGGUCCUGCCUGGGACCCCUUUGUGUGCCCCCCACCACAAAGGCUGGGCUGGGCCAGGGAGGUGGGGGCAGCCCCCCCGCAAUGUGUCCUGCAGCCUACGCUGAGGCCGGUCCCCGUGUCCGCCCAGUCAUGGGGGCUGCAGACCCUCCCGGUGGGCCGGGAAUCCCGGGAAUGCUGCCAGACACCCCCCCUCACCCCCCCGCCAAGCCCUGGACCCCCAGAGGGGCUGCAGCCCCCUAUUAAAGCCGUGGGACCCUGGGGGGGGGGAGAUGGUUGUGGACCCUAUUAAAGCCGGUUAGCCCCCUCCUUGGAUGGGCUGUGGGAUCCCUGGGAGGGCUGCGGGACCCCCGGGGGGGGCUGCAGACCCCCAUUAAAUCCGUGGGACCCCGA